GGGAGCCGGGCCGGCGGCGAGGAUGGCGGCGGCGCGGGAGCUCACGCAGAACCCGCUGCAGAAGACGUGGGAGCCCUACGACAACGGGCUGCCGGCGGGGCACAGCGCCCAGCGCGGCGUUUGCAUGACCAACUGCCCUACGCUGAUCGUCAUGGUGGGGCUCCCGGCGAGAGGGAAAACCUACAUCUCCAAGAAGCUGACGCGCUACCUGAACUGGAUCGGCGUGCCUACAAAAGAGUUCAACGUCGGGCAGUACCGCCGCGACCUGGUGAAGAAGUACAGAUCUUUCGAGUUCUUCCUGCCCGACAACGAGGAAGGCCUGAAAAUCAGGAGGCAGUGCGCCCUGACGGCGCUGACCGACGUCCGGCGCUACCUCAGCGAGGAGAACGGGCACGUGGCCGUCUUUGAUGCCACAAACACAACUCGAGAACGCAGAGAAACUAUUUACAAAUUUGGCGAAGAGAAUGGAUAUAAGACUUUUUUUGUUGAGUCAGUGUGCGUAGAUCCAGAGGUCAUAGCUGCAAACAUUGUGCAAGUGAAACUGGGUAGUCCAGACUAUGUUGAUUGUAGUAAUGAUGAAGCAACGGAAGAUUUCAUGAAGAGAAUAGAGUGCUACAAGAAUACAUAUGAGACUCUGGACGAAACUCUUGACAAGGACCUUUCUUAUAUUAAAAUUAUGGAUGUUGGAAGGAGUUACCUUGUGAACAGAGUCAUGGAUCACAUCCAGAGCCGGAUCGUCUACUACCUCAUGAAUAUCCACGUGACUCCUCGGUCAAUCUACCUCUGUCGGCACGGGGAAAGCGAGCUCAACCUGAAAGGGAGAAUAGGAGGAGAUUCUGGGCUGUCCGUCAGGGGGAAAGAAUUUGCCAGAAGCUUGGCACAGUUUAUUAAUGAGCAAAAUAUCAAAGAUCUGAAGGUUUGGACCAGUCAGAUGAAAAGGACAAUUCAGACCGCUGAAGCCUUGGGAGUGCCUUAUGAGCAGUGGAAGGUUUUGAACGAGAUAGAUGCAGGAGUGUGUGAGGAAAUGACCUAUGAAGAAAUACAGGAAAAUUACCCACUCGAGUUUGCACUCAGAGACCAAGACAAAUACCGAUACAGAUACCCUAAGGGAGAGUCCUAUGAAGAUCUUGUCCAGAGGCUGGAGCCGGUCAUUAUGGAGCUCGAAAGGCAGGAAAACGUGCUUGUCAUAUGUCACCAGGCUGUCAUGCGCUGCCUGCUCGCCUAUUUUCUCGACAAGCCUGCAGAGCAACUGCCUUACCUCAAGUGCCCGCUGCAUACUGUCUUAAAGCUAACCCCAGUGGCUUACGGAUGUAAAGUGGAAUCAAUAUUCCUGAAUGUGGAAGCUGUAAACACACACAGAGAUAAACCUGAGAACGUAGGUGUGGAUCGGUCCCGGGAAGAGGCGCUGCGGACGGUGCCCACCCACCUAUAGCUGCGGCUCGCGGCGGCCCUUCCCCGUCGCCGGGGCCGUGGGGCAUAGCUCAGGGCCGCGGGGACGGAGAAGGCGGCAGCCGAAGUCGACCGAGCCGGGAGCAAGGCGCCUUCUCCCCAUCCACUUUUAAGACAUUUUGAAUGUGGCUCUGCUUCUUCGGAGAAAACCGGACGACUCCCGGGGCCGAAAGGUAUCAGCGAGGACUGUUUCUGGGAAGCAGAGUAGAGUUGGUUUUAAAUUUUCCUAUGUAACUUUGUGCAGUGUUGGUGGUUUUUAGUGUGUGUCUGUGGAUGCUGCAAGCCAGUUAAUUACCCGUCUCAAUUUUACUGUCACGUUUUAACUAGAUUUUACUUUUUUUAAGUGUUUUUCUAAGAGUCCUUUUAUUUUUACUGUGAAUGAUUGCCUUUCAUUAGACGGAGGGGGUUUUUGGUGGCAUAUUUAAUACAUGUGAAAUCUUGCAUUUUGGCCACUGGAGGCUCCGUGUGGUAGGACCUGCUUCAGGUCGGCAAGCCGCUCAGCUGCGCCUCCUUGAGCUCGGGUUUGCCACCAAAAACCUAACUUUUUCAGCAAGGGGGAGAGGAAGGAGUCAAGCAAGGUUUAGCGGCGUGCAAGCCUUUUACCAACUUGUGCAAGAAAAAAGCUGGGAUGAAUUCUGAAAUUAUUAUUAUUAUUUAUGAUGUGGCACAUCUACCUUUGCCAUUUGGUUUUGAGUAGCCUCGGAGCAGCUCCAAUGCUAAAAAUGGAAUCUGCUGUCUGUUAAGGCCAAGAACUGCACUAAAUCAGUGCAUGUUGCGCCUGUGCAUUACAACCGCACAAGCUCGCAACUCAGUCACUGGCUUUUAGUUCCUGAAAUGAGAACGACCAUGGGAAUGUGCUUUCUUCUUCUUCUUCUUCUUCUUUUUUUUUUUUAAUGACUUUUCAGUUAAUUGACCUUUUGCCACGCAUGCUGUUAUUGCUCAAGUCCCGCGCGAUAAGCCAGGCCCAUCUGACGUUGUAUUGCCGGGCAAGGGCUUAAACGCAUUUUGUUUGUGCAGGGUUUAUAAAAUAACGUGCUGCUGUUGUGAUUUGUUUUCAUAAGCUAAUUCCAGCAAUAUAUUCCGCUCCGGAAGGAAGCCAUAGAGCCAGGGCCCGCCUCAGGAAAGGAAAGCAGUGGGGUGCUGAGCGACCAGAGGCAGUGCUUCAGGCUGUGCUGCCUGAGGCUUUUUGUACAUGAUCCAUGCAUUCAUUCAGUAACGUGCUUUUAAUAUCUUUCUUAAUUUAGCUGUGAUCGUAGUUGCUGUCUAAGAAGAGGGACCACACAGUGCUGCUCGGAGCAGUUAGUUAAUUUAUUGACGAUGUCCCCUUGCUUUACCUCUCCAGACUUCUUAGAGGUGCUCUAAAAUUCUUUAAGGCUACGUGUUUUAUGUGUAGUAGGGAUUUUUAUAGACGGCUUUUGAAUAUACUAAAGUGAAUGUUUUACAAAGUGGAUGUUCAGUUAAAAAAAAAAAGAUUGUAUACAAGUGUAAAUAAACUGUUGAUAAUUGAAGAGGGAAAAAUAGGAAGUUGCCUGUGCUACUUUAGGAACUUAACUAAGUCGCUGACUGCAUCUGAUCCUGUCUAGCUGGUGAGAGCAAAUGUCAGCGGACCGAGAAUGUAAAUUUGAAGUGAGCGGUCAGGUCUCCCUGGUGCAUAGCUACCUUUCUGCAAACACACCGUAAAAAUUGCAUAUUGCCUUCAUGGUACUAUGCAAUUCUGCUGCAUCCGUCCUCCCACGCUGUCCCUGACCGCCCACGUGAAGUGACCUGGCCUUGACAGGGGAGGCAGAAGCCUAUUCCUGGCCGUGAAUGUUUUAACCAUUUUAUAUUUUACUGUAUUUUGACUGUUAAGGCACUUGCUAGCUCAGAUGCAGUCUUCUCAUGGGAUUAAAUUCUUUUUCCAUACCUAGCAGGCGUUCAUCUUAAUCUUUUAGACAAAUGUCAUGCUGUGACCUUUUGAUGCAAGUAAUAAAGCUGGAGUGCUGGAACGUGCGCGUGGGUCCGUGCCUCUUUCCUCGUUCGCUUGCAGCAGUGGCCGCGCGGGUGGCCCUCGGGCACAGCGAUUUAGCAGGCGAAGUCCCCAUGGCUGGAGCCAGCUGCAGCCCGGGUGCCCACCGGCAGAGCCAGGCGGCUGGCGGCCAGCGCUGCCCACUGCCUCCUGUAUGAUUUUGUAGACAAAAAUGGUGAUGUGAGUGCUGAAUAACUACCUGCUCCAUCCAAAAUUGCCACCUCUGUUCUCAUGGAUCUGGUCUACUCCAUGGUUAUAUGACACUCUGCAGCAAGCUUCAUGGAGAAAGGACAGUUAAACACAGUGGUCCCAGGGCAGCAAAGGAGGCAAGCAGUCCUAACGCUCUGCAUGACGACUGGACUGAGGGUUUCCUUCCUUCUGCCCCGCUUUAAAGUCCGGCUCAAGCAGAGGCU